GUUUUAUAUCCGGAAAUAUCAAAGACGUUUACCAUGACUGAAAGAAGACUUCAUGAAACAUGUGCAGCCUUUUGUCGUGGUCAGGUACAGUUUGGUCCACCGAGAACUGCUGAAGAUGUUUGCGGUGAAAUAUCAGGAAGAAUCACAAGACAGGAUUCUAGAUUCCAUGAACUAAGAGGUUUACAUGGCGAUUUACUGAAAUUUCCGUCAGAACAAAAGUGUGCAGAUGACUCCACUGACAAAAAGAACUUGUGUAGUGAUCGUUUAGUGUCUGCUAGAAUGGCCACCCCUCUGUCUAAACUGGGGAAAUUAGUGCAGUCAGAAUGGCAAGGAGAACACUUAAAAGUUGUGGAAGCCUGGAAAGAACAUCCAGACGGUCAAGACAACCCGUCAUCACUGCACUAUGAAGGUAGAGCUGCAGUAGUUAAUGUUGAUAUCUCGGGGGAUGAUGUCAUCAAGAGGUUGGCUGAAUUGGCUGUGUGUUCUGGGUUUGACUAUGUACGGAUACUCGAAACAACUGAUCAAGUCGAGGUUGCUGUAAAAGGACCUGGUGACCCUGAAAUGGUUGACGAAGAAGAUAUCCUGUCAAAACAGAUGUUUGACGAAGCAAUGAAUACAGCAGAUGCCAAUGACUCAUCAACUGAAUGUCUAGAGAUAGAACAGUUACUAAAUGUAGGAGACACGUACCCUAGUGGACAGUGGAGUGAGAAUGAUGUGUGUGGCCCUCUGGAAAGACCGUUAUACAGAGCUGAUCAAAACGACAUGAAAAGAUUAUAUUAUUAUGCAUUCAAUGAUGUUGAGUUCACAAACGAGAAAGGUGGCACAUGGUGUGGAGUGGAAACGCGCCUGUGUAUAUCAUGUGACGCUGUAAACAGUACAGCAUCAUGGGAUUGGUGCAGUACUAGGAUGAUGACACCACGACUUGCUAUUGGUCUAAGGAUAAUGGCGCAAACAGCUGGUGCUGAUGGUAUCGAAAUUAAAGUGCUGAAUGGUUAUCUUGAGGACAACGAAUGGACUGGCCAUACAGAUAACAUAUCUGAUUUAUACCGUGCAGGAAGGGGAAUUAUGCUUACAACCACAAAUGAGAACGAUACUGGUAAACUAGCUCAGCAUGCCAUAUGUGCAGGAAUUGAUUAUGUCAGAUACACAAAUGAAACAUAUAUAGAAGUAUUUGUCCUACCUCAAAGUGAUUACCAAGGUAAACUGGUAUAUGAUAUAGAUGAUCAAACUUAUUUUGAAGUGAACCCACCUACUACAUUAAAUGAUGAUUACAAGUACCCAAGUAUAUUAAAUGAUGAAGAUGUAAAACCAUUACUAAUCGAUGGUCAUAAUGAUCAGUAUACAGUUUAUGAAUAUUAUAAAUUGGCAGACGUCAAAGAUCCCUCAAAUCGGUAUCUCAGAUUUGACAAUGGUCUUUUAGAAUGUUUGGAACUAGUGUCAGAUGAUUUCGGUACUGUGGUAAAUAUUGUUCAUGGAUCUGCAUACCGCACCAGGUCGACGAAUCAGAUUAAUAUAGAUACAAGACAUAGUGAAGAAAAGUGGAGGUUUGAAGCAGGACAAGCUGUUGAGAUUAAACCUGGAAAGACAACUUCAGACCAAGCACUUGUCAGACUGGCAACAAGCAUAUUCAGGAGUUGCACCACGUUUCUGAGGUUAGAUUUACGAGGAAUUGGACUUGGGUGUCAUUUUGAUAGGUUAUAUCUUGAUGUCAGACCAUUGAUAGAUGGGUCAGAAAUGGAGUUCAUUACCCUAUGGAAUGCAGAUAAUACGACAUAUUUCGAUGAAAUUAAGAUGCUGAAAGAUGCCCUACAGAAAGGAGGGCCAGCCAUUGCACCCAUUAAUAUCGGUUCAACAUGCAACAACAUUCCACUGGGUGAACACAUGACAUACAUAAAUUUUCAGUUCGGCCAAAUUGAAUCAUGUGCUGUCAAGUCGCGAAAGGACUUCUGUAAUAAAUCCAGAUCGGCACGCGAGAAGGAAGUUCUACAGUUACAGCAGAGAAUGACAGACACUGCUGGGUUUGAUCGAUUGCCUCGCAAAGAAAUCAUACCUGAUAUUGAAGCCUGUUUGUUGCAUUUGUGUGGUGGUUGUCCAGGGGCAGGACUAGUGUGGGACGAGAAAAUCAAGGCGUGUGCCCCCAUGAUCCAUAAAUAUAUCGAUAAAGCAGCAAGACCAUUCCCAGAGCUGAGAAACAAGGCAUCAUUCUUCAACACCGCAUCUCCCGUAUCCAGUGUUCACUCGCUCGCCUGCCACGACGGCAACGUCUGUGUAGAGUCUGUACAACUACACUCUAUACUAAUGCCAUUGGUGACCUCUCGAUUUCGACCAAAUGCAACUAGCAGCCUGGAGUUUAUGCUGUUUAGCUCUGAACAGAAUCCUACUCCUGUUUUAGAACUAGUAGAACAGGAAAUGGCUUAUAAAGCUAGUGGAAAGGUCAAUGUCUUUAUUGAAGAGGAUAACGAUGUGUCGUCAUUGCGACAGGUUCUAAAGGUUCUAAUGGCAUAUAACAAAAAUGUUACCGAGGUAGAGUUUCACGUUGCAGCCAAGUUAGACGAAGAUCUAGUUGGAUCUGCCAUACAGCGAAAAAUUGAUGUAUGGUCUAAGAACACGUGUCCAAAUUGGAGCCGUUUUGCUAUCGUUCCAUAUACAAUACAUACAAUCCAUCCAUCCCGCCAGAAAAGGAGCUUGAAGAGAAGCAAAAGCAGGAAUGAGGCAAGAUCCAGGAUCCACGACUGGGAAAUGGAAUGGCUGAUUAAAUUAAUAUAAAACCAUGAGACACUUAUAAAUGCUGUCGUAAGCAGUAAAGAGGAAGAUCAUUUUUAUUAUUCGUUUUGCUUUAUUGUGAUUUAUCAUUAAAUUAAUUUUAAACUUACAAAUAAAACUUUGGAAUAUUAAAAUAAAUAUUUACAUAUUUGUCUUGAUUUAAAUGAUUAUGAAUAAUACAUUGAUUAAACUUAAUAAAACGGU